GGUCUUCUGAGGAUGCGGAGACCCCAAGUUCUCCUCAUCUGAGAAGAUUGUGGCAAGGAGAGCCGGAGGGAGGGAGCGUGCCCCACUCGGACGUGCGGGCAGGUCGGCCCCAGGCUGCUGCCUGGAAAGCCAGGGACCACAUCCUACCUCCCGCCAUGGAGCUGAACCAGACAUCCCUGCCGCCCACAUCACCCACGGUGACCACCGAUGGAGACGACUCGUGCAGGAUAGAGGUCACCGACCUGGCCACAGACGGUGUCACGCUGCUCGUCUGCCUCUGCGGGCUGGUGGGGAACGGGGCCGUCCUAUGGCUCCUCGGCUUCCGCAUCCGCAGGAACCCCAUCACCGUCUACAUCCUCAACCUGGCCGUUGCCGACUUCACCUUCCUCCUCUUCAUGGUCACCUCGGCCCUCCUCUACAUGAUGCAGAACGUCUCCUGCUCCACUGUUGUGUCCUUGAUGUACCUGAGGUCGCUUUUCCUGCUCUCGCUGUUCUCCUACAACAUGGGUCUGUACCUCCUGACGGCCAUCAGCAUCGAGAGGUGCGUGUCCAUCCUCUGCCCGCUCUGGUACCGCUGCCGCCGUCCCCAGUGCUUGUCGGCCUUGGUGUGUGCCCUGCUCUGGGCCCUCUCCAUCGCCGUCAUUGCUGCAGUGACUUCUCUGUGCCUGUUGCACGAGCACGAGCACUGCCAGAUGGCUCUCAUCUCCAUGUACGUCCUCAACUUCCUCAUCUUUGCCCCACCCAUGGUCAUUUCCAAUGUGAUCCUGUUCAUUAAGGUCCAGUGUGGCUCCAGGCGACGUCAGCCCAAGAAGCUCUACAUCGUUAUCUUCCUCACGGUCCUCUUCUUUCUCAUCUUUGGUGUUCCCCUCAGCAUCUGGAAUUUCCUGCAGCAGUUCAACUACACCAACGUGCCCUCCCAGGUUGUUUUCCUGCUCGCCUGCAUCAACAGCAGCAUCAACCCCUUCAUCUAUUUCUUGGUGGGGAGCUGCUGGAGGCACUGCUCCUUGGUGUCCUUUCAGGUUGCCUUCCGGAGGGUCUUCGAAGAGACGGGGGUUACCACGAUCUCCAGCUAAGAGGCCACUGUGAUCACACCGGCCGUGCCGCCCACCCUGGCUUCAUGCUCAGCUGCCCACCCUUGCUCUUUCCUGUGGCUGUGUGUUGGGAUGCACCCCUUCCCCAUUCCCCAUUCCCUAUCCGCAUUCCCUGUCUCCAUCCCCAU